AAGAACUGGUAGAACCGUCAAAUCACCCGUUGAGGAUGAUUACAGCAAACCUAACCAUACAGAAAAUAACUGUGAACGUGGCAUAAUGCGAAUAACUCGUGGAAAGCAACCCUGGAGUUUCGCCUUAAUAGAAAGCAUCUCAGCAUUUAUUACGAUUUAAAAAACAUAAGGAAUGUCAAUUUUGUUAUUUCUUUUUUGACAGUUGGCCUGAGGUCUAGCGAAACGUCAAAAAUGCAAAGGAGUAAUAGACGAAUAUAGAUAAAUACUUUAAGAGAAUUAGCAGUGGUCAACCAGCGCCAUGGCGGAGCAUUCGUUCCUUGGCACUUGGGAGAUCGUUUCUUGCACAUUUGAGCUUAAAAAGGAAAUCUCUGGUUUGGAGGGGAUUAAAUUUCGCUUAGAUGAUACGAAUGAUAUAACCUGGUAUAAUGAUUUGGUUAAUCCGCUUCCUGAAUCAAAAGACUGUGCCACUUGCUGCGAUUCGGCGAGUGUCUUAUUUAGUUGUGAAACAUUCGAUGUGAACGAAACGAAUCCACGUUUAGUAUUCGGCGCGUUUGCGGGACAUAGCAUAGAAUUUAGGACUAACACUUUAAUACCGACUGAUACGCUAAUUUUGGAUUGUGAGAACUGGUAUGCAUUAGAAUGCAAGCGACUGAAAGAGUGUCAUGCAGCUGGCCAAGAGCGAGAAUACUCCUUUGCAGAGGCGUUGCAAGAGUCGUACUUCACGGAUGUGAUCAUCAAAAGCUCGGAUGGUUUUGAUUUCCACGUACAUUCAUCUGUAUUACGGCUAAGUGGUUUCGACUGCAGCAUGUGUGUCCAGUACAACGGCCCUGCACUCUCUCAGCAUGCAAAUUCUUGCAAAGCCCAUGAUAUAUCGCACCAACAGCAAUAUCAAAAGGCGCAGAAAUGCCAAACGAGUGAUGGCGUCAGUGCUAGUUUGGGGACAUCAAACCCAAUUAAGAUCUCAGUCACACUACCCAUUUCUAAUGUGCAAAACUAUGAUGAUAACCAGAUGUCUUUACCGCGACUAAAUAUCUCUCCAAUUUACCUGCAGCCACCAUCUGAAAAUACGAAUUCUAUUUGUAAUAGUGGUUUAAUUGCCAACCGCGGCGCACAUCUGUCAAAUUCCUUUAAUUGUCUUACGACCAGCAAUAUGGGAGUGGGUCAUGACAAAAAUGCAGUGGGCGGUAUGCGCCGUUUUCCACCAACAUCAAAUUCAGAUUCACAUCUUGAAACGCAGACCCACUGCAAAAACAUAUUUAAUUUUUGCCAAGACUUUCUACAGCAACCGGCAGAGACAACAACUGUGUGCAACACUCGUCGUCCGCCCUUAUCACCAUACCGUGUACGCAGUCCUUCGCCCUUUCCUAGUUCAAUGGAUACACCGCCUUCUUCACCACUAACACCAGUUGCAGUACUCUACAAUUUGCCAAACUUUCUACUGAUACCAGUGUUGCAUUGGCUGUACGCGGAAUCGUUGAUGCCCGAUAUGGAUGAAAAUGUGUGUGAGAAAUUAAUAAAUUUUGCGGAGACCCAGCCAUCUCUUACGAAAAUGGUAGAGCCCACGAGAAAGUAUCUGAAGCUCAUAAAGCUGAAGAAAUUUGUGGUAAACACUCUGAUGGAUUCGCAUGCCGUGCUCAACCAUAUAAUACAAGCAAUCAAUCCUGUUACGAUAUUACACGAACCCGCCUCCCUCUAUGCGACUUUUAAAGACUGCCUGAGAGAGUCUGCAAUCGGAUGUGCCAAGGUGUUGCAGUUCUGUAAUAUUUUCAUUCGAGACGCCUCGGAUAUAUCGCGCUACCAGAAAAACGAAAUCAUCAAAUACGUGCGCACACGUAUUCCGAUUUUUAUGUCGCAAAUUCAUCAACUCCUGCGAAAUAUUUUGAAUGUCUUCACGAGUCUAACGGCAGAAGAAAAGGCGGAAUUAGUGAAUUAUUUAGUACCUGAAAUCGAAUCUGCAUUAGUAAUAUUAACCGAUGUCGUUGAGGAAAUUAAAAACUCUUUGGAAAAAAUGUGUAAAGAUAUCAAUUGUUCACACUUGGAUUUAACGGCGCGACAGCACACAGAUAGCGCACUUGCCAUACAAACACAAAACAAUACUUUCAUCAGUGCCAAUGUGGGCUUAGAAGACAACGGAGCACCGUUGUUUAGUCCGCCACCCAUGUCACCAAGGCCACGACGUGGCCCACCCGUGGGACUGACACUUUACGAUAAUCCAACAGACAAGAAACGCCUAAUGACGGCGGAGAAUGAUUUGAAAUUUGUUUUGUAUAUGUAUGAAGUACGAAAGAUGCGUGAUAUUUAUGGGCGGAUCGCCACGGCACUCGAAAUUAUUAGGGACAAAAAGACCUCGUUCUGCGAUAUGGACUUUUUAAGUAAACGGAGCACGAUAAAUCAAAAUUUGGAACAACUGAUCAUAGACAUACCCGCAUACAUUUUGAUUAUGGAAAAUCUUUCUGAUCGAGUUGACGAAAAAUUGGGUUGGAAAGAAUUCAAAUUCUGUUUCAAACUGGCGACAAGCCAAAUCAACGGCGUGAUUGUUAAGCUACUCGACCACAAGUCUGCGCUACGUGACUCCAUUAGCAACGUAUGCAAGCGAGUGCAAAAGCACGAAUUCACGGAAUCUUUAAUUGAACUCGGACUUUUGGAAGCUUCCAACAUACUUGAGCAUGAAUUAAAGCUACCAGAGUUGGACAGCAACAUGGAUGCUGCAUCUGACGAUUUCGCUUUGGAACGUCGACGCUCAUAUGACUACAAAAAUGUUAAGCUGAAUCUAACGAAACAUCUGUGUGAGCCGCCCAUUGCCGCCAAUAGCAAUUUAUCGAAGAACGCUUUGCGUCUGCUGCACUCAGCCCAACUGGCGGACAUGGAAUUUGAGGUGCACACCUAUGCCGAAAGUAGCGCUCAGUUGCCUGGCAUAUCGAUUUUGAACAAGGACAGCUUUGAAGUGAUCCAAUCGCCACAUCCGGUGCAACUACAGCGGCCACCAAUUCAAGUGCACACGUUUCGCGCGCAUAGAGUGAUUGUUUCAGCGCGUUGCGAGUGGUUCAAAAAGGCGCUACUCUCCGGCAUGCAGGAGAGCAUCAAGAGAAAAAUCAUCAUAACUGACACUUCGCCCGUGAUCUUUCGCCGCUUGUUGCUCUACAUCUAUGGCGCACCUAUUGAUAAAACGGUAGGAGCCGAGCAAAUUUGCGAAUUAAUGCUCCUUGCUGAUCGUUAUUCAAUUUGCGACUUGAAGGAGCUGUGCGAGAAUACACUGAACUCGCUGGUUGACGAAGAAUCGGUGCUUUGCUUGUUGGGCAUUGCGGAUCGCUACAUGGCCACCGCUUUGAAGUCGAAUUGCCUAUCGUUCCUAUCACAGCAUGCGAAUGUCACAAAGCAGGAAAUGUUCAAGGAGUUACCACAGACUUUACAGUUGGAGGUCAUGGAUUUGGUGCAUUGGUAUGGACGUGUUUCUGAGCCCUGGAGUGAUGGCUUCAAGUCGCGUAGCAGCUCGCGUCACAGCUUAAAGAGCCCUUCAAAGCCGCGUUCAAGAUCUCGGAAAUCCUCACCUUCUUAUAUAUGACGCUGACCGCGCAGCUCUAUGUCGUAAAAACAAAAACAAUUUUUGCUGUUAAAGAGGUGUUUUAAUUAUGCAUCCCAAGAGCAAACAAACAGAAAUAAUGAUAAGUUGUGACUCGUUAAGUUAAAAAAAUUAUUUAUCUGCAUUUUAUGGGCUACCUAGUAAUGCUGCAAGUGCAUGCAAAACAAACAAUUUCUCAAUGUAAUCAUACCUAAACAUUGGAUUGGACACAA